UCCGUCCCCUCCUGCUCCUGGCUCUCCUUCUCAUCUCGCCUGCUCUGGCAGUAUGAGUGGAAAUGCUCGGCUCGCCGUGCUCCUCCAGAACUGGCACCCACCGAUGUGACGCCGGACGAGACUUCAAAAGCAGCUGCACUGAUGUCGGCAGAUAAUGAUUCUUCUACAGAACGCCAGUGACACCCCGCCUCUGGAGGCCGAGGAGGAAGGAGGACGCACGGACCCCUCUCCGUGUGUGCUGGGCUACAUCCCGGUGAUUUAUUACAGCGUCCUGCUUGGACUGGGUUUACCAGUCAACAUCUUGACAGCUGUGGCCCUCUCAAAGUUGGCAUCAAGAACCAAGAAGUCAUCCUACUGCUACCUCCUGGCCCUCACCACCUCCGACAUCCUGACCCAGAUCUUUAUCAUCUUUGUAGGCUUCAUCCUGCAGACGGCCAUCCUCCAUCGCAAGGUGCCGAAUGCCUUCAUCCACAUGGUCAGUGUCCUUGAGUUUUCAUCCAACCACGCCUCCAUCUGGAUCACGGUCAUCCUUACGGUUGACCGAUAUGUAGCUCUGUGUCACCCGCUGCAUUAUCGCUCCCUUUCCUACCCAGAACGCACGCGCAAAAUCAUUAUGACCGUGUUUCUCGCAUCUUUCCUGACCGGGAUCCCGUUCUACUGGUGGAGCGAUGUUUGGAGGGACCCUCGAGCUCCGGGAUUGUUGGACCAAUUCCUCAAGUGGGUCCACUGCUUUAUCAUUUAUUUCAUCCCAUGUACCAUCUUCCUCCUCACUAACACGGUCAUCAUUCUGAGGCUCAGAAGGAAGUCGGCAUUGAAGAGGUACAAGGUCCGCAUUGGCAAGACCACGGCCAUCCUUAUGAGCAUCACAACCGUCUUUGCCGUCCUCUGGGCUCCCAGGACCAUCGCCAUCAUCAUUCACAUGUACGUGUCUUCGGUCCACGGGGACUGGAGGGUCCACCUAGCCUUGGAUGUUGGGAAUAUGUUGGCCCUUCUGAACACAGCCGUCAACUUCUUCCUGUACUGUUUCGUGAGUCGCCGGUUUCGCGACACGGUGAGGGAAAUCCUUGGUAUGCAGAAGCCCUGUCGCAUGGUGGAGGGGAAGAAGAGCCAAAGUGACUUCUCUGACUCGUUGAAGCCGGUGGAGACCCCACAGGCAACGGCUAUUUGAGUCAAAAGAUACCUCAUUGAGAAAAGUUUUGUUUUCGACCGCGUUUGUUAAUCGCGUUGUUCUGUUAUGGCUGCAUGUGAAGUUCUUGCAUGUGUAACGUCUGUACUAA